AUGGAUCCGAACACGCAGUGUCGGUCUAGGCGAACAAUUGCCAUUCGAACUUGCAGUGGAUCAUGUAGCCUUGGAUUGUCAUUGGGAGGCUUUUCACCAUCGUUUAGGCCCAAAACGGCAAGGACCCGGGUUCUUCGACGAACAUCUCUUGCGUUUCGGCGAGACGAAUCCAGUCCCAGAAUUUCUUCUGUCAAUCUGCAACGAGGAAUGGACUAUUCUAGACCCAGCAUGGCGGCUGCCUCAGAGCCUAAUGAGCCGCUGAUGGUAAGGUCUGAACUUCACCUGAACAGCCAGUCGCGAGGAGAACGGAGCCGCCGCGGACGUCUUCAGAGAUCUUGGCAAAGAAUGCUGAACGACGCUCCAACGGAGUCGCCAGUUCACGCAGAUGCCCCCUCUGAGUUAAAUCCAGAAGCCACCCAGGCCGUCGUGGAAGUCAGCUGUUGCCUACCGUCCAAGUUCCGGCGCAGGCGAAUAUGGUUCGUCUGCGAAGACGGUAGGGUCUACGAGAAAUCGGUUCAACUUAUACGUCGUUGUUCAUGUGGUUCAUGUAGCCAGGAUCAAGCAGAAUAUAUCACUCCUGGUGGGAUAUGA